CAUGACAGUAAACAGGAAGUGAAGGACAAGCGAGAAGAAAACGCGAGUUUAAUAACCUACUUGGUUUUUAUUAUAUACUAUCACAAACAACUGGAUCCAACACAGCACCAAACAUGCAGUCAUUACGGAAACGCCGGGACAACCUUUUAACAAUUCGAACGAAUUCACAAACUAGCUGCGUACUUGGUUCGAAGACCAACAUGGCACAGAGGAAAAAGCAAGAUUUCCAUUUAGAUUUGUGGUUUUGCCUAACCCUGCAGAACUGGAUUCUAGACUUUGGACGGCCUAUUGUCAUGAUCAUGCUUCCACUUGAGUGGUUUCCCCUGAACAAACCAAGCGCCGGAGACUAUUUCCACAUGGCCUACAACGUCAUAACACCUUUCCUCAUGCUUCGGUUGAUUGAGCGCAGUCCAAGGGCGCUGCCCCGCUCAGCAGUUUACCUUUGCAUCAUCACUUUUGUCAUGGGAGCCAGCAUCCACCUGGUUGGAGACUCCAUCAACCACAGACUUGUUCUGAGUGGCUACAAGCUCCACCUGUCAGUCAGAGAGAACCCGAUCAUGAGAGACCUCAAACCUGCCUCCCUGAUUGACUCCUUUGAGCUGUUGUAUUUUUAUGAUGAACAUCUGGGACAUUUAAUGUGGUAUAUUCCCUUCUUUAUCAUUCUCUUCAUCUACUUCACUGGAUGUUUCACCGAGCCGACAGAGCAGAUGAAGAUUCCAGUCACAGGCCGGCUGUUACUUGUACCCAGCGCACUCUAUUACUGGUAUUUGGUUACGGAAGGACAAAUCACCGAACUGUUUCUCCUCACCUUUUUUGCAAUGGUGGCCAUGGUGAUUCAUCAAAGGCAUCAUGGCCUGAGACCAGACAGCAAUGGUCUUUUCUUGUUCUACAGUUUUAGUGUUACUGUGCUUUUAGUGGCACUCUGGGUUGGUUAUCUAUGGAAUGACCCGGUACUACGCAACAAGUACCCUGGUUUUGUGUAUGUUCCGGAACCAUGGUCUUACUACAUGUUACAUAUACUAAAAGAUCACUGAAUCAGAACAUUAUUACCUCAUUACACUUUUUACUAUAUGUUGGCUUGAAUUCUAUUUGCUUUCCCCCUUUUUGUUUACAAUAGAGUCUAUUGAAUAGACAGUGUUGAAGGAACAACAGGUUUACAAACUGUUAUACUUUCUUUUUAGUUUUUUCUUUCUUUUCUCAUUGUUAAAGUAUCGGACAGUAUUUGCCGCAUUAGGUCAGGGGUGUCAAAGUCAUUUUUUCCGCGGGCCGCAUUGUAGUCAUAGCUUCUUUCGGAGGGCCAUUAUGACUGUCAACCCAAAUAAAUGUAUGAGCACCUCAUAUUGUAUACAGUAAAAGCUACAAAACAAACUGACAAAUAACUCGUUUUCAAAUCAGAUAAGUAAAAACUGGUCAAAUAUUAAAAAAAAGAUAUUAUAAGUGAAGACAAUUUGCAAUUCUAGUAAUGAAACACGAAUUUGAUGCACAAUUUGUCUUUGCGGGUCACAUGAAAUGAUGUGGCAGGCCGUAUCUGGCCCCCUGGUCUUGAGUUUGACACAUAUGCAUUAGGUUUUUGACACCGCUCGGUUCGAACAUAACUGAUUGUUACCAAUGUAUUCAACACCGACUGUCCUUGUGCUCAAUGCAAUACUGAUGUCAAUAAUAAAUGAAUGGAAUGUUCGGAA